UGUAAGUUAAAAAGCCUUUCGUUCUUCUCAAACUUGAGCAGAACAGAGACGAACGCCACCCAAAAAGCUCUGAAUUUCCUUCUCUUCUUCCAUCAAUGGCGGAUCCGCUGGAGAAUCCGAGCGUGAUGCCAAGGCUGAUCGGCUUCCUCUCGUCGCUCCUGCAGCGCAUCGCCGAGUCGAACGAUCUCAGCCCUGGAUUCCAGCUCCAGAAGAUCUCGGCCUUCCAUGGCCUGACCAAGCCGGCCAUCUCCAUCCAGAGCUACCUGGAGAGGAUCUUCAGGUACUCCAAUUGCAGCCCCUCGUGCUUCGUCGUCGCCUACGUUUACCUCGACCGGUUCGCGCAGCGGCAGCCUUUGCUGCCCAUCAAUUCCUUCAAUGUUCACCGGCUGCUCAUCACCAGCGUCAUGGUUGCUGCCAAGUUCAUGGACGACAUGUACUACAACAAUGCAUAUUAUGCAAAAGUGGGGGGAAUCAGCACAGCAGAGAUGAACUUUCUGGAAGUGGAUUUCCUAUUCGGGCUGAGCUUCCACUUAAAUGUGACCCCCACCACUUUCCAUAAUUAUUGUUCCUACCUCCAAAGAGAGAUGCUUCUUCAUGCAGACCCCCCAAGUUUGGCCCAGAAGCAGCUCCAUUUCUGUACUUACAACAAUGAAGACGAACCCUCCCAUCACCAACAGCAGCAGCAGCAGCAACAGCAACAGCAACAACAGCUUGCUGUUUGAUUAAGUUAAUCCAUUCACGAUUAACUUAAUGUCCAAUUCAUCAUGAUGGAUCUUCCUUGACAAGGUGAAUGAUUGACAGCAAUUUGAACAGGGAUAUAUACAGAAGACAGUUUUUCACCAUUAAUGACGCUUGUAGAUGAAAUCCAUCGAUUAAUUAAGGGUUAAUUAAUUAAUUAAUUAAUCCCAUGCAUGAUCUUGUAUUUUUCUUACAAUAUGCUUUGGGUGAUUAAUUGGGGCUUGUCAGUCACUGUAUAUACAGAUGGGUGGUGUCUCUUCUUUACAGUCUGGCAAUCAAAGUUGUCCUCUUCUUCAUCUUCUUUUCCUUUUCUUUUUCCCUUUUUUUUUCCUCUUUCGUUGUGGGAUCUAAGUAGAUGCGUUAACUUAUCCAAGGAGAGAUUCCACU